AUCGCUGACAACGCUGUUCGCGUAGCGGCUGGCACGGUGCUCCAUCCACUGCUGGAUGGGUACUUGGAGAGAGUGUCUGUCCAUCUGUCAUCUCGGACACGCAUCACUUCGAACCGGCCUCAAGACCUGAACAUCUGCAAGUAUACAUCACCAGGCGACAUCACGCCGAGAGGCUACGGACGAAGAGGUCCCAGCUUCUCUCGCCGUUCAUCCCACGCAUCACAGUGGAUGCGGAAUUCAACACCGAGCGGAGGCUGCUGCCUCCUAGGCCCGACAGCCCGACGAGCCACGCUUCACCGCUCCACCAACACCACCGGCACAACCACCGCCACCACCCACCACCACCACCACACGGCCUGCGAUGAUUACUACCGAUCAGACGAGCACUCGGAGGCGGUGCAGGCCGCUCUGGCGAGGCAGCGCGAGCGGCGCUCGGGGGUCCCCAUGCCUUCCAAACGCCACUCGCUAGUCGCACAGAUGUCCGUGGACACCUACACCCCCCCAGACACCUCGUCCGCAUCCGACGAUGAUGGCUCUCUCUGCACUGCCCGGCUGUGGACCGCGAAGAUGGUGGCCGGCGGCGGCGUUUCCGGCGGCGUCGUCGGUGGCGCCACCCCCUCCUCCGCCAGCCCCUGCAGCCUCAGCGUGGAGCGGUGGAUCAGCCGGGCCGUGCGCCGCUCCUCCACCUCCUCCUCGUCCGCCUCAUCGUCCUCCUCGCACAGCGCCGGCCGCCUCGGCCGACCGGCGCUCCGUGAGCUCCGACUGCACGCCGGUCCGCGGCGGAGCAAUCGGCCGGCCGGCCGCGGACGCCAUCCACACCACCAUCGCCACCACCACCUGCACCACCACCAGUACCAGCAGCAGCUCCACCAGCUCCACCAGCUCCACCAGCACCACCAGCACCACCAGCAGCAGCAGCAGCACUGGCCGACGGGCGACGGCGCCCGGUUGUCGGUGUCGCACGGGGCGCUGGCGUGCCUGGGCGGCCCCGUUGGGCCGACGGGGCGGGGCGCGGCCACGGGGGGUGCCGGGGAGGAAGCGGCCUGGCGGCGGCUGGCGGCGGCGCCGGGGCCGGGGGCCCGGCGCCGCCUGCAGCGUCGGGGCCCUCGCCGACGCCGUGGCGGGCCGCUCGCAAUUCGAGUGGCCGGGCCCAUCGAUCGCUGCGGGCCCCCAGCCGCCGCCGCCUCCGACAUCGACCGCGGCCGUGAAGGCGCUACGGGGCUCCCGCCGGACGUGAACGAGCGGCGCGGCGAGCGCCACCCUCCGGGGCGGCCGCCCCACGCCAAGCGCUCGCACGUGGCCUCCGUGCGGGGCCUCCCACGCCGUCUUGGCAACGUCGAGCUCAUGGAGACGGGCCGACGAUCCAGCAGCUGGUGGAGACCCUCAAGCGGCCCGAAGAGACCUCCGCUCAAGGAGUUCUUUGUGGACGACUCGGAGAGAGCUCCUGGAAGGUACCGAGAGAACUCCACACAUGCUCGUCGGUAG